AUGGUCAUGCCAUGGAUGACUGUAUUUUCAAUGCAUAAUAAAUGGCCAUUUGACUAUCGUUUUUGUCAUAUAUGGAUGUCUGUUGAUUUUACGUGUUCAACAGCAAGCUUUUUAACAUUAGCAUCAAUGGCUUUAGACAGAUAUUGGGCAUUAGGUCGACCGUAUAAUCAUUUACGCAAUCGUUCACGUUCAACCGUUUUGAUAUUUAUAUUUUUAUCAUGGCUUGUACCACUUGGUGUUUGGCCAUUUUCAGUAUUUGUUAGUCAACGAUUUAGUGAUAAACGAGAAUGUGCUCAUCCAGCACCAGCAUUCAUCAUCUUAAUAUUGUGCACAUUUUUCUAUUAUAUACCACUUAUAUUCAUGUUAGUUUGUUACAGUAGAAUUAUUGUCAAUAUCAAAUGUAUUGAAAUCAUGAUUAAAGGUGCAUGGGGUACGAUCAAAUUUAAUCCUGAUGGUGGUACAUCACUCACUGCUACACCAUCGAAUAAUGACACAAAACGACAUCGCGGUCGUAGCAUAAUAGAAACGUGGAAUAUGAGCUCAACUGUAAAAAAUGGACAUAAUAAAUCGAUAUCUCCACCAAGAUCCUCUAUUCAUAGCUUAUUAACAUCUUCUAUACGUUCACGUAGUGAAAGACGAGGAAUAUUGAAUAUACAAGACCACGCGCAUAAUAAGAAUAACACGAGUAAUAAUUCGGAACAAAUACCAUUUAUUGUUCGUGGAUUUACCUCAUAUCGAUAUCAUAUGGGAGCGAAAAACAGACAUAAACUAAAAAAUAGCGAUAAAACACGAAUGUCAAAUGUUAGGCGUGCCACAACAGUCGAGCAAACUCUAUCAUCUCCAAAUCACACCAAUACUCAAAUAACACCAGCAACAUCAUUAAUAAUGAUAAAAGCAAUUCAUAAUGAGAAUAAUACAAGACGAUGUAGUAAUAGUUUGACAACAACGGUAAUUAAACAACGUCGAAAGUCAUCAAAUGGUGCUAGUACACAAGCAAAAUUUACGGGUAAUACACGAACUUUGUAUCAGUCUAACGUUAGUGAACUAAAAGCAGAUGAUGAUCGUGGUAAUGGAAUGAUAUGUGUUAAUGGUCAUAGUCACACAGAUUCAUAUCAUUCAAGGAUAAAUAGUCGAACAUCUAGUCUACCAUUACCAGAUUGCUUGUGUUAUUGUCAAAAACAUCCACCACUACGUUCUCGACGACACAUGACCGUAACAGCUACUACCGACCAUGAAUAUGUCGGAUCAGCUACUUCACGUUCAGAACAGUCUCAUUCACAUUCUCAUUCAUCUGACUAUAGUGAACAUUCAAGUUCGAUUGACGAUAAAGAACAUGGACGUUUAAGACGAAAUUGUGUUGCUCAACGCAUACCAUCGAGACCGUCAACAUCAUUUAAUUCUAGUCGGUAUAGCUCCCGAGCAAUAGCAAAUUUUAUGACUGAAAGACAAAAAGCACGUCUUAGACGUAAUCAAAAAGCAAGUAGAAUGUUAGGUAUACUUUUGGUAGUGUUCUUGAAUGCUGGUGUUGAAACCGAACGUCAAUUCAAAGAAAUGAACCAGAUUGCCGAUGAUACAGAUGAAUCGUUGAAAAAAGCUCUUGAACACACGACAAUCAGAGGUGAACAAUUACAAGAAUUAAAUUAUCGUAGUGAAGAAUUAUUAAAUAAAAAUGUCAAUUUAAGAUUCGGAAUAUCAAAUUAUCGGAAAAAUAAAGAACGAGAUUUACUUUGGAGGCGUUUUAAAUAUUGGGCAAUCGGUUUAACAACUAUAGGUGGCAUCAUCCUCAUUUUUGUUCUAAGCAUUGUCCUGAAAAAUAAAAAAUCAACACACAUAUCUCAAUCUCAAACAAUUCCCAUCGAACAGUCUCCAUCAUCAUCAUCAAUUGCGAAACAGAUUACGGACACGUCGCUUUUAAAAGAAGAUUUUGCGUUCAAUACGGCUAUUAUAACACAAACUUCUGCCACUGGUGCAACACCAUCACGUAAAAAAUUAUAUGUUCAAC